AUGUCUGAAAGGACGACUGUGAGAAAAGGGCUAGCCGAAGAGAGCGGGCCAACACCCACUAGCUGCAGUUAUGGUGGAAAGUUUUAACAUAUAUACGUAUUUCCGAAUAAGAAAAAGGACAAUAAUCAGGGACGUAGGCAAAGAGGGGCAGGCAAUGGCCUUGAUCCCUUAAACUCCUCGUUACUUUCGUCCCUUAAAUUUUUUUUGAAAUUAUAUGUUAUUACAAUUAUAAAAUAAAUUUUUUAUCUCCUUUUUCGACAUUUUGGAUGAGUCAAAUUCUACACGUAAUUGGCCCAAACUUAAUUCUUCAUGUUCCCAUUGGUAAACGUUUCAAUUCAGAGCCAGUAUCACCGUACACAAUGAUUUUUCUGUAAUGCAACAAACAUGAGGUCCCAAUACACCAACAAAUGCCAGCCUCAAAAUUUUUGAUAUGCUCAGCUCAUCGUUUUCACUUUCUAGAACUCAAAAACUUGACCAAGCUUUUCCAUUCCCAGCACAAAAUGGGAUGCAAAUUUAUCUCCUUAGAACCACCGAUCUUAUACCAAAUCCCUGUAAGAACAACACCACCAUGUUUUAGAACUAAAGCUAUUGCUUUCUCUUCUUAUGCACCAAACAAAGGUGAACCUGUUUCCACCAAGUUGCCACUGUCAAAGACCAAUGAUGUCUACAGUGUUAGCUUCAAGACAUUAGGAGCUUGUAAGCUUGGGAUUUCUAGAUACCCAGAUUUUGAAUACAACGCACAAGGUGGUACAGGGACCGGAACCGGUUCUAGGGUUGCUGAUAGCGAUGAACUUUCGGUUAGUUUCGACGUUAAAACACUGUAUAUUCCACCAUUGACAAGCUCAACAACUAAGUUCCUUGGAUUGCCAUUGCCACCUUUUUUGAAAAUCCACAUUGUUCCUCAAUUGUUUCAAGGGAAUAUCGAUCAAGAAUCCGGCAAGGUUGACUUGGAAUUCUUAGCCAAGUUUUGCUUUUCGGUCGGGAGUAUUUACGAAGCGCCGCCGUUGGUGGUGAAGACGGUUUUAACGUCCGAUGAAUCGAAAGGGAAGAUGAGAAGUGGAAGAGGUGAGAGAUUAGAUGAAGAGGGGAAUUGCAAAUUGGUUGGGGUAGCAUUUGUUGAACCUAUUGAUGAUAUCUUCAUGAAUACUUUCCUUAGUUUACCUACUGAAUGCCUUGCCAAGUUGAAUGCUGUUAUCACCUUGUCCAAAUCUUCUUGAAAAACCAUAUGUUUGUAGUUGCUGAAUGUUAAUGGAGUUUCAUACAGGGCCCUGGCAUAGCAAUUCUUAGUCAUACUUGGUUAAGCUUUAGAUACAUCCAUACAUGACACAUGUAUAUCAUAUACAUAUAUGUACCAGCACCAUGCAUGUUUAUGUAACCUAUUGCUUAUGCAUAGUUAUUGAUACAUUUAGGGUGGAAUUGAAUUAUAAAUUUUUUAAGAGAUUCAAAUGUAAUUUUAUCAUGUAUUAAUUUAUAAUUUUAUGAUUUUGAAGGGAUUAAAUAUAA